GCAAAGUUCGCGAACACCGUUUGAACAGAAGCGUUCAAAUACAACUGCUCCUCAAACGGUUAGCAUGUGGAGUAAAAUGAUUGGACUUUUUCCGUAAAGAAAAUAUUUUUCUGAAACUUUUAGCGCUUCCAGUGUAAACAUGAAGUGUUUGAAAGUGGACGAAUACAUCAAACGGACUGCGUCUGCUGAGGACGCAGGAAUUUUAUAUCAAGAACUAGAGAUUUAUGUCAAGACACAACCUGGACUUCAAGGGCGAACAUUGUGUGACCGGGUUAUCAGAGCUUGCAAUCAUCAUCUUGGAGUUGGAUCUCCAGAUAUUGGUCAUAUAAAUCAGUUAGUUAAGCUGGUUGAACUUUCUCUUCAUGGCUACGAUAUUUCUUCAGAUUGUGGUGUUCAGGGAAGUCCAUUGUACAUGGAAAAGAUCAUUUUCCACAUUAUAAAGAAGCUAACCUCCCUAGAGGUGCACACACUAUGCAGCCAUGUUGUUGAGCUGCUUUACAAAAGACUUUCCACAGCACAACAGGUUCAAGAGGACUACAGUAUUCUUGUCCGGAACUGCUUUUCUGUGCUUUGGAAUGGACUGUCGGCUACCAAGGAGAAGAAAAUCCUGGAUCAUCGGGGGAAAUUAUGCAGCCAGAUGCAAGCUUUGAGCUUUCUCUUGUUGUGCAGCACAGAAACAGGACUGUCCAUUUCUAAAGCUCCCGUUUUUGCCGAGAAUGUCAUCGCUGACUUCGAGCAAGGAUGUGGUGCAUUUACAAAGGAGGAUGCUUCUUUUGUUGUCCAGGAAAUGAACAAGCUUGUCAACAAAUUUUUUACCUGUGAUCUUGAGCUCGAGCAGUGUUUGGAGACAUCAAAUCUUUCUGUACUUUCUGAAAUCGUGCUGCUCACAAUGAAGAUGCUUUGCAAGACCAACCACCACAGUAUGGCUGCCACCUUCUUGAAGGAAAUGGAAAGCAGGUUUUCACGCUGCGUUAGCUCUCAGUCCACACCACUAAUGCUUGGGAAAUGGGUAAUAGAAAUUCAUUCAGCAAUAAAGACUGGCAAAGAAAACAGCCAGGCUUUAACAGAGUGUGCUCGGAUCUUGAGGUCUCUCUCAGUGGAUAUGGGCAACAGAGAGAUCCAUGCUGUUCUGGAAGGUUGUAGUUUGAUUGUUUGGGCUGUUGCAAGUGGGCAGCAGAAUGUAUUAAGUGGACCAGGGCUCCUGGCUCUGUUUUCUUUUCUUGACGAAUACCAUGAGCUGAUGAGGACACUGCUUAACAAGAGUUCAACGUGCCAGGCAGAGUGUGCCAGACUGCAGCAGGCUCUUUGUUACAGUACUUACCAAAGUUUUAUUUGUGUGAAUGACAGCAUGGUUGCAUUACAGUUGGAAAACAGUGACACUUUGGACAGAGUUCUGCUCUACUGCCUGGCCACAGCUGGACUGUUGAUGACAGAACUUCAGAAGUUGUCUAAUGAAAGCCUCUAUUUUAAAGCAGUGGUAGCUGUGAGUAACUUGGCUUGUGGCUUGUUCAACCGACGCCUCUAUGACCAGGCCCUCUCGCUGGCUGAGAUUCUCUGCAGGGAUCUAUGCAAAAACCGCUACGCGUCACUGUCUGUUGAUAGAUUGAGUCGACCCUUCAUGCUGGCGGUGCAAACUUCGCGGCGCACUGGUAAAUUGGAUGGAGCUCUAGAUUGGGUCAUCAUGUGGCUGAAGGCUCUUGGGGACAAGAUCAUUACUCACAUGGCUGAACCAGUUUCUCUUUGGGUGAAGACAAAGACUGAUGCAACUCUUGACUCUGACAAGGAUAUAAGACUCAGGACUCUCCGAGAUGGUUUUGGUUCCGACGUCCCUGAUGAGCAGGUGAUGCGUUGUCUUCUGGAGGAGGAGCUGCGUGCCUAUAAGGAGUUGGCAAGGGACACGUCCCAGGAACGUUACAACACUCUGUGUGACCUGUUGGACAUCUGCCACGAGGGGAGUCCUCACACCCAUCUACGCGCUUAUUACCUCAGUGAAAUGGCCCAAGUUGUGUGCUUCCAGGACUUCAGUGAACAAACAGACUGCAUGGCAGUGGAUUUCACCCAUGAAGCUUUACGGCUUCUGGACGAAGAGCCACAAACUCCAGAAAAUGCUGACAGACUGAAGGAUGACAAAGCCCAUGCUUUGCUCUGGCUUUAUAUCUGUACAGUGGAGAAGAAUCUCCAGGAGGCCAUUGAGAGUGACCAAAAAAGGAGAGAGCUACGUCAGCAGAUGCGGUCUGUGACUGAUCCAGUUUGCAACAAUGAUUUUGAUUAUGAAGACAAGCAGAAAUCACAAGACAGCACUCUGGUGUAUGAAGGCCUCCACUUCAACCUGGCUGCAGACAGUGGAAAGUUGUGUUUGCCGCUGGAAAAAGCCCUGGAUAUAUGGUCUGCUCUAUUCAAGGGGAAAGCCCUGCCCACCGUGAGGAACCCUAAACAGACCUGCAGCUCCAUUGCUGUGGCUGCAGCUCUUCUCGGACUCAUGGGAAAGCCUCUGAAAGCUUUGAAAGCGCACCAACUUGGGAUUGGAUUUUCACGUAAACUUGGCGACACUCGAAGUUGUGCUAGUUCUCUCUGUCAGUCAGCCAGCAUCCUCAUUGAGAUCGGCAGCCCUGAAUUGGCCCUGGCCCAGCUUAAUGAGGCAGGGAAAUUGCUGACUUCAGAUUCCCCUGAGGGACCUUCUGCUCUCUCCAUGCUGGUCAAAUUACUGAAGGCUCAGUACUUCUACAGCAUAGGACAGGUUGGCCGUGGCGUGCCGUAUCUGUGUGAGGUUCUUAAAGAAGUAAAUACUCAAAAACAGUCGAAGAGCUGGUACAUGCUGCGCGCGCAGGCUCUCAAGGCCUGCAGCUCCUUUCUGAAUGUGGAUACGACUCUGCUGCCUGAGGCCCAGCGACACCUUAUUAGGCAGCAUGGUUUCAAAAGUCCCGAUGCCGCCCUUUACGAGAGUUUGAAGCUUUUCUGCAGCCUGCUUGUAACUCUUGUGGGAAAGGGCUUGUAUGGGAACAACAGCGGCAACUCAGAUGUGCGUUUCGUCCACCAAGGAGACAACUUGUUGCUGAAGUGGCAGCUGCUGUCAGAGCUGCUGAAUUGCUCUGUGAAGAUGGUGGCUCUGCGGAGCAGCACUGGGGCCAUCAAUGAUGCCCGACUCCAGUGCCUAGAAGCGCUAAAACUGGCCAUCAAGCUUCAAGCUCUUAGCCAAUGUGCCGAGCUGUUGGUGAUCAAAGCGGAGCUGGAGCUGAUGCAGGGGGAGAGAGAAGAAAGUAGAACUGACUUGCACAUAGUGAAAAACCUCCUGGACCGCUGCACAGACUUUUGUUAUCAGGUUACAACAGUAGAUGUGAAAAUCAAACCAAGAAAAGGUCGUCCAGCUCAGAGACCCCGGCCCCCCCUGCCAACCGUAGAGGAUGAUCUAAAGGACAUACUGAGCACCCGGUGGAUUUCCAAAGAACCAGUGAUAAAGGACCAGUCCUUCUCCCCUCCUCUCAAAGAUACGCCUCGCCGGUGGCUCUCCUCCUUAACCCAUGGCGCUGAUUGUGCUUGCCCCUGCUGCUCUGAGCCCUGUUUGGGUCGUGCCACUGCUCGCUGGGCUGCCACACAGGGUGACCUGGUUCUUCAGCAGGAUCCCAACAACGCAAGUGUUGGUUCCGAACUUCACUGGGCAGCUCUGGUCCGCUCUAGAUCUAUAACCACCCACCUGAGAGAAAAGUUGACUGAGCUCUUCCCUCCCCGUGACCCUGCCAAACGCAUUCCUAAACCCUCCCUGAUGCAGGAUGUUAUUGGCCGUGUGUACCUACAUAUGGCCCAGGCCGGGCUCGAGAAGAAGCUAAACAAGGUCUGUGGUAUCUGGAAAAUACUGGACUCUGGCUUAGCAUUUGUUGAAACGAUGCCCUCUCCUGUCCUAAAGCCUAUUAAAGCAGGACUAAUGGCCACCAAGGCUAUCACAUCACUAUUGACGCUGGCUGCCAAAAGAGGCUGCUGCCCAGAAGAACUCUUUUCAGAUGUUUGGACUUGGAAUGCACCAAAAGAGCAUAAAGAAAUGACAUCAGAAAAGAAAACCAUCCCGCCCCCAGUCAUUCGUAAACAAACCAAAUCCUCCAUCAGAAACCCGCAUAUGGCUGACUCAAAAAAGGAGGGGACAAAAGGCAGAGCUCCCAAACCCAAGAUUUACGUGACAGGCUUGUCAACCAAAGAAAAGAGCCAUGUUCCCAUGACACCAGUACCAGCCAAGUCCAGAGCUGCUAUCAAAGACCUGGGGUCAUUCGAGUUUAACACAGUGGUGCCUUCCUUGAUUUGUACCCCAAUCCAGAAGGUAAAAUACCCCCCUUCAGCACAAAAAACAUCAAGAAAUGCUUCUAAUUUACAGUUUUGCGUGUAUGAAGAGGUGUCACCACUUAAAGACAAAGCUCAGCUCGUACCUGCCGCUCCAAAACGGACAAAGAAAUCCCGGUUCAAGGUGGAAUUUAGCGAUGACAGCGACUCAGAGGCUGCGAUCCAAGAAGAGCUCAGAGUAAAGGCAGACGCCCCAAAAAAGCGAACGACCACAAGGAGAGCAGGCCCCAGUGCCAAAACAGCCCCAGAUCCACCUGCUGAGAAGAUCCCCUUAAAGAGGCAGGCCAAGGGGAAAAAGAGCACCACGUUACCUCGUUCUGUUUCGUCAGAAGACGACGAAGCUUUGAUCUGUCGACCCGCCUCCACCAGAAGAGGAAGGCCAAGAAAGCAGCUGUCCAAAACAGAGGAGCCUAUAGAGGAUCCAGACACAAUGAGGACCAUUGAGGAGGAAGCAAAUGAAGUUCUAAACAUGAGCCUCGAGCAGCUGAGAAUAUCAGAUACAGAUGGAGAAAAUAAUCCAGCUUCAAGUGAACCUAUUGACCUAGAUUUUGAGGUGUUGCGGCGGGAUAUUUGCUGUGACCUGGAGAGGGACGAGUUGGUGGAACUGAGGAGCAGAGAUCAGCUCAGGGAAGAUCCUUCUCAUGUAUCUCAAUCAGACAGCAGGACUGAGAAUCUCUCUGUGAAGGAUGUUCAGCUGCUGCUCCGCUCGGCCUGGCUGACUCUGCAGCAUUUCCCCUGUCCCACCAUCUAUCCGACCCUCUCUGUUCUCCUGGCCUUGACCCUGGGACAGGAAGACCCCUUUUCCACCGCAAUGCUGCAUGCUGAGUCCUUUGGAGUCACAAGUCGCCAUCGCACCAUUCGGCAUUUAGUCACUUCUCUCCAGAAGUUGAGAAAAGCAUCCCAUGACCUGGCAGACAGGAUGGAUGCUUUGCAUCUGAGUGAGCCUGAUGGAACCAGCACCUCUACUGAGCAGCGCUUGACUCGGGUGAAGGAAAUCUUCUCCUUUCAGAGUGCUGACCCAUCAUCUUUCCCCCAGAGCCACUGCAAAGAGUUUAAACACCAAAUUCAGCAGCUUCCCCCAGGAGUGACUGUGUGCAUGAUGUCUGUGCUCGGAGUAAAACCGGGGGGAGUCGGGGACAGCAUUAUGCUGUCGCGCCUCGAGAAGGAUUCUGCCCCUGUCACUGUUCAUAUCUCCACAUCUAAGCAGCAGCUCAACAUCAGCAGCUUGGUGCAGGAGAUGGACAGUAUUCUUGGGGCGCAGAAGGUUGUGAGCUGCGUGGCUGAUAAAACAAAGUGGUGGGAAGGACGAUGGGCUCUUGACUCUCGAGUUGAGCGACUCUUGAAGAACAUGGAGGAUCUGCUGGGAUGCUGGAAGAGCCUUCUCCUGCUGCCUUCAUCGGAUGCUAAGCUCUCCACGCUGGCUCAUCAACUUUGCAAAGCCUUUUCUGCAAAAGGCGUGACGACCACAGAGGAGAUGCUGAAGGCUGUGCUUUCUGCAUCUCCUGCGCUCUCCGAGGACGAUCAGAAAAGUUUUGGAAAGGGACUUUCACCCAAGUGGGACGUGGAGUGCGAUCGUCUCCUCCACUCAGCGGUGUCCCAGCUCGCAGACAGAGAAGAGCCCCGAGGUCACAUGGUUCUAAUCCUGGACAAGUACCUUCAAAAGUUACCAUGGGAGAGCAUGUCCAUCUUAAAGUCUUCCUCUGUGAGCCGAAUGCCUUCUCUGCAGUCACUGCUUGGACUGAGUGUUCAGAGAGAGGCUGGCUCAGACUCCAUCCUGGGCCAUGGUGUGAAUACAAGCAAAGUGUUUUAUGUCUUGGACCCGGAUGCCAAUUUAAGAAACGCUCAGGAACGAUUUAAGGAGUGUUUUAGCAGUAAACCGGACUGGCAAGGAGUGUGUGGAGUGGCUCCUGAUGUGGCCCAACUACAAGAAGCUGUUGCAACCAAGGAUUUGUACAUUUAUGUGGGCCACGGCGCAGGUGUGAGGUUCCUGGACAGCCAGUCGAUCCUCAAGCAGCAGAUGAGAACAGCCUGUUUCCUGUUUGGCUGCAGCAGCGCUGCUCUGGCUGUGAGAGGCAAUCAGGAGGGACAAGGAAUCCUUCUCAACUACCUCAUAGCAGGCUGCCCAUUGGUUUUGGGCAACUUGUGGGAUGUAACCGAUCGGGAUAUCGAUCGCUUCACCAAAGCCCUCCUGGAUUCAUGGCUGUCUGCUAAAUCUGGAGCGCCUCUACUGGAGUUCAUGGCUUCAUCGCGUCAGGCCACAAACCUUAAAAACAUCACAGGAGCUGCGCCUGUGGUCUACGGCCUGCCAAUCCACCUGCAAUGAAACUGAUGGUCUCAAACUCCAAAACACCAUCUGUUUUAACUGGAGGAUGUGGCUUAACUUUUACUUGAAGUUUAGUCUGAAUUUAUGUAUCAAAUUCUGCCCCAAUUCACUUUAUUUAAACCACAGAUUAGGUUUUAACUGUCUUUAGCAUUGUGGAUAAUUUCAGAUGGGUUGUGUGUUUGUUUUUUUUAAAUUGGAGUACCUCAGUUUUUGAAUAAAUGAGCUUGCGCAUUCACAUGUCUUGUCAUUUCUAACAGUUCAGACUCCUCAUAUCCUUACUUUUAAUUCUCCUCCAUGUUAACCAGAAUUUGUUUUCAGGAAAAUAUUUUAUCAAGUCCUAAGCU